ACAACAGCAGCCGCUUAUCUGAUUCGUUCCCGCGCACAUCAGUGUACAGACACGGAACGCGACUGCUCUCGCCGCAACCAACGAAUCUCACCGGGGGCGGGUUUUACGCGGAGACUCACCCGCCGUUAUGACGUCACCUCCGCAGUGUCACGCGCAGCCGCGCACCCGAUGAUAUGAGAGACGCGCGCCUCGUCACAUCAAGCAAAACCUACUGUUGAACUGAAGGCACCAUGGCCACACCAACGUCUCUAGAUCCAGAUUUGGUUCGGGAGGUGCUGGAAUGCCCCAUUUGCCUGGAGACGUACAACCAGGAUCAGCUUAGACCCAAACUGCUGCAGUGCGGUCACUCAGUUUGUCGUCAGUGCCUUGAGAAACUCCUCGCCAGCACGAUAAAUGGUGUGCGCUGCCCCUUCUGCAGCAAGGUGUCUCGUAUGAGCAGUAUUUCCCAGCUGGCUGACAAUCUCACUGUGUUGAAGAUCAUUGACUGUGUGAGUUCAUGCGGCUCUUCCAUGGGUCUCAUGUGCAAUUCUUGUAAAAAUCGCCUGCCCCGACAGUACUGCAGUGACUGCAGCAUUGUGUUGUGUGAUAUUUGUAAAAACGAGGGCCAUCAGUGUCAGGGUCACGUCGUACAGGCCAUUCGCGUGGCUGCUGAACAGCGCCGGAAGGACAUCAGUGGGAAGCUUUCUAACUUGCGGGAGGCAAUGGGAAACAUUCAGAAGAAGAAGGCAGCUAUUGAUAAUGUGACAAAAUCACUCAGACUGAAGUACAAGGCUGUACAGCAGGAAUAUGCCAAGGCUGAGUUGCGGGUCCAAGAGGAACUUGGUCGCUCGCGCCGUGCCUUUGCCACCUCCUUGGCCGAAAUAGAGAAACUCAAUGGCCAGAUUCUGGAGGAGCAGACGUACCUGCUCAAUAUCGCUGAAGUGCAGGUGGUAUCAAGAUGUGACUAUCUAACCAUGAGGAUCAAGCAGACGGAUAUUGCUCUACUGGAAGAAGGGAGCAACCACGAAGAAGAAGAGUUGGACUUAAAAACUAAUUUGCCUGUCCUUCUGAAACUGCAAGACCCUGAAUUUGUUAAAACAGAGUGCUCGAAACCCUUGGACGUUGGGCAGCUGACCACAAAACCCUGCAUUGUCAAUGCUGAGGAAGAAGACGGACUAGAUUUCACCACUUCCGCUGCUGCCCCAUUGGACAUUUACCGUGAUAUUGACAUGGAUACGGCAGUUGAAGAGGCUGUUUGCGCUUCUCCCGGUAGCUUCAAGUCCAAGUCUGUCGAUGGUGGUGGACCUUCUCCAGGAGCUUCUGGUGGUCAACUCUGUCAAUUUGUGAAAAAGAUGGGCUGCAAGGGCAAUCUGCCGGGCAUGUUCAAUUUGCCGGUAAGCAUUUGCGUCACGCCGCAGGGUGAGGUGCUUGUGGCCGACCGAGGAAACUACCGCAUCCAGAUCUUUAAUCGCAAGGGCUUCCAAAGGGAGAUACGGCGCAACCCAAGCAGCAUCGACAAUUUCGUCUUGAGCUUCCUAGGUGCCGACCUGCCCAACCUCAUCCCGCUCUCCAUUGCAAUCACUGCUCAGGGUCUCAUUGGCGUCACUGACAACUAUGACAACUCCGUAAAGGUUUAUACCACCGAUGGCCAUUGCAUCGCCUGUCACAAGAAUCAGCUCAUCAAGCCAUGGGGAAUCGCGGCCAUGCCUUCGGGCCAGUUCGUUGUGUCAGAUGUAGAGGGGGGAAAGCUGUGGUGCCUGGCCGUGGAUCGCAACGUAGGGGUUGUGAAUUACAAUCGCUUAUGUUCGGCCGUCAGGCCCAAAUUUGUAACUUGCGACUCCUCAGGUACAGUCUACUUCACACAGGGCUUGGGUCUAAACAUUGAGAAUAGACACAACGAACACCACCUUGAGGGGGGUUUCUCAAUUGGGUCUGUGGGAAUGGAUGGCCAGCUGGGAAAGCAACUCAGCCACUUCUUCUCAGAGAAUGAGGACUUCCGAUGCAUUACCGGCAUGUGUGUGGACUCUAAUGGAGACUUGAUCGUGACAGACAGUGGCCGUAAGGAGAUACUACAGUUCCCUAAAGAAGGUGGCUAUAAUAUUCUCAUUCAGGAGGGGUUAACAUGCCCUGUAGGGGUUGCUGUUACCCAGAAGGGACAACUGCUUGUCUUAGAUUGCUGGGACCACUGUGUGAAGGUCUACACUUACUUGCAAAGGAGACGUUCCUCUACAUGUUAAGAUUGCUGUGUGGACAAUUUAGAAAACUUGUCACUUUAAUUCAAUGGCUUCAUUAUAAAUGCGUUUGCUUCUCAGUGAUUUCUGACCUAUGGCUUGCAGUGGCCAGGAUCAGGCAGCUAAGCCGCAACCAUUCACCACUGCCAUGGAGCAAUUGGAUGGUGACUUAUGGGUAUUAUUAUGGAUGCUUUGGUCAAAUGGAUUUCAAAAUUUAGCACAACCGAUGGCAAUAACUGACAAUGAUUCUCAGUUCUCAUGUUUUUUUGUUUGUUUUUCUCUCUGCUGCUGUACAGGGAUUAAGAUGGUGUUUUGAGUUACUGAGAAAGUAUUUUUUUUUUUAUAGCUGCUUUAUAAAUAAUAUCAAAGGAAUAUUCUUGUUUUGAUUCAAAAUAAGGCUCAAUCAAAAGCAUUUGUGGUUUAAUGUUGAUCAUGUUGAGGCAAUUAUUGGUGAGGCAAUUAUUAUUUAAAUGUGAGGCUUAUAAUAAUAAUAUAAUUGUUAAAAUUUAUUUCAGCUGCAUUUUUACAGUAGAUUUAAGCUUUUUAUCAUGGCAACAAAAUAGCAUUUGAUAAGUUCAUACACAUUUGUUUUUUAACACUACAUUCUUGUUAACACUAAGUAAUGAGUAAAUUUUGAUUAGAAUUUUUUAUUUUUUUUUGGGUGGUAACCAACAUAAUGCUACAAGUGCUGCUGAUUGAGCUUAACUUGUACUGAAUCCAAAAUAUUCCUUGAACAGGAAGGAUUGGCGUGGAAAAUGUCAAACGUGCUGACUCGAAUCACUUCUGUGUGUGUCAUGGCUCAUGUUCAUGUGUAGUUGUUGUAAUGAGUUCCCAAAAUGCCCUCACUAUUAAAGUCCCCCACCAUACCUGAAGCCUGUGUCUGUAAAAGACCUUGAUUUAUUUAAUAAUAUCAAUCUUCUAUAUAAUAAAAUACAGUUACACUAAAGUACAAUACACUUGAAAAAUGUUAAGUUGUUACUACAGAGUUGUCUAAUAUUGUAGUGUACUCUAGUUUGUGAUAGCAUUACUGUGUUUCAGGAACCAACGGCAUGUUAAAUUCAGGAGAUGUUUACUAGCCUGUCAUCAGAGUAACUGCAAUAGUUUAACUGAAGCAGGGAAAUGACUCAGCAGUUUACACACUGUAUAACACCGUAUAUGAAAUUAUGUUUUGUAUUGAAGUGUCCUUGUAUCUAAGAGGUGGAUCUUAAAACUCUCCUGCUUGGAUGAUUUAGAUAGCAUUUAACUGUCUUAAAAUCUUGGUUAUGAUAUUUGAUUUUCAUGCGGGUCUGUAGGUUCAAACGUGCUGGAGCAGAUUAAGGCUAUAUAAAAUAUUCACAAAUAGAUUAGAAUAGAACCUAUGAUCACAAUUCAUAACACAACUCAAGUAUGCAUUGCAUUCUCCGGGUUGCAAAGGAUGAUAUAGUGGAUAUUAGUGCAAAACAUCUUUUAUGUCAGUUAUCUCAUUUAGGUAUUCAGCUACUGUCACUGGAUCGCAUGUAAUAUAUCACAAGUUUGUAGCGCGUUGGCAAUGCAUUUCCAUCUGCACAUUUGUGAAAAGUAUUUUUCUGGCCUUAUUACAUUUUAAAAAUGCAUUUGUCAUUACCAACAAAUGCAGACAGCCUGCACUGGCCUUACAGCAAAUGAACUCUUCGUGCACAAGAAAUCCAGAGAUGCUAGUAAUAUGCACUGUCAAGCCAUUAGAAAAGAAUGCAACAUGAUUUUAAAUGUUACCUGGCCAUGUUAGGGGUUUUAAAGACCACUUUAAUUAAUGCCUUGGCCCUUUACACAGCGGCACUGUGGGCAGAAUUAAAUUAAAUAGUGAAAUUCAUCUUGCUUUAACCAUAAAGAAAAAUACUUAAACCACACAAAUCCCGUUGAAAUGCAAAAGUAAAGACACAAUUUAAUUGAAAAUGAUGUAACAAACCUUUCAUUCACCUUUUUCUGUCAAUUUGUUAAUCUUGUUUUGGCUGUUGUCUAUCUAUGGCCUUCUAUUAAAAAAAAAAAAUAAAAAAAAAAAGUCUUGCUUGGCUUGGGUUAGGAAUUGUGCUCAUCCUUUUAAUGGCUCCCACUCAAUGUAAUAUGUCAUAUGUAGUUUAUAGAAAUAAUAUAUAUUUUUUAAAAAUGUUUACCAGUAUAUACUAUCAUCACCUUGAUAUGUCUAGUCACUGACAAAUUGAUUUCUAACUGGUUUCAAGUAUCAAUAUAUGUACCUUUUCCAGUAAACACAGGAAAAUGCAAUCAUCUUAAACUACUCAAUCAAGAUAUGCUAACCAAAUCUGCAUGAUUGAAAAAUAGCUAGACAAAUUAUUGCUAUUAAAAGAUCUGGUAAGCAUCUUGGAUGUAUAAAGCAACAAAUGAAGAGUGAGGCCCAGGUCUUUUGUUACAUAUUUUUACUUUUAGCAAACACAGCAAGCUCGAUCUACAAUGCAAGAUAUAUUUUUGUCCUUCUAUAAUGAUUGAAGAAUUGAGUUGAAGACCAUCAUGAGUGAUUUAUUUAAUUUUUUUCUGUCUCGUUUCUUAUUGGUUGUCAAGCAUAAUGUGAUGUCACUUGUUCAUGACUUGUUGCACAAGUCACUUUUUAACAUUACCCAUCAUGCUUUAGGCCAAAAGGCCUAAACAAUGAGUCUUUUCUCACACCAUUGUGCUUCGGUCAGGGUUUGAUGGCAGGAGAUUCUGAAUUGACAUUACUAUCAUAAGAUCUAAACAUAAUCAUGUUUUAGCAUUGAUGUUAGUGUCAGUAAAAUGAGUCCCGAAUUCGUGUUUGUAUUGUUCAUGAUCAAUUGUGUGCAAUAAAAUCAAGAUCUGAGA